CUCGACCUCUUCCGGGCCAGCUGCGUCCGGAGCGUCGUCUUGUUGACUGCGGCUCGUUUUUUAGCUCCGAAGUAAAAUAAGAAAUCCCCUGUCAGCCUGACAGCGAUGUAGAGAAGCGGACCUGCCGCCGUCCAUGAGCCGUGUGUCCACUCUCCGUCCGUGUGGGCAGCGGCCACCUCGCCUGCUUCACCCUCAGCGCACUGUAGUAGGAAGGAGAGAUGUGGCAGAGUGUGGGUUUAACACUGCUGGUCAUCGUGGCCACGCUGCUCUGUGUCCUGCUGUUCAUGCUCUUCGGUUGGUAUGUGGUGUGGCAGCUGUUCCUGUCCAAGUUUAAGUUUCUGAGAGAGCUGGUGGGGGACACGGGCUCCCCCCAAACCGAAACGGAACCCUCUGAAUCAGAGAGUGAGCGCAGCUCCCCCCCGACCCCUCGACACCGGCCCAAAACCGCCCGCCAAAGAGUCGUCCCUCCGAGCAGCACUACUUAAACAUGCCUCCAGCUGGCGCUCUUUACCAGCCGAUCAGAACAGCACCGCUGUUCCCAUGUUCCCCCGUUAGAGAUAAAUUGGAGGUGAUUUUCUCUCCUCAGGCUUUUCCCCUAUUCUAAAAGGUUCUGGACUGGCUUCAGUAUUGAUGCAGUGGUCAUCAUGUGCAAAAUGGCUCUAGUCUCCUCUUCAUUUCCUCUGUGUUCUGUUUCUUUGAUAUGUGAAUGAGUGAAACCGCAUAUAAGGCCUCGCUGACUCGACUCAUGCUAUCAUGCUGCUACUCAUUUUAUUUCGCAUGAAUGCAACACGCUGCUAGCGAGGGAACGUUGUGAGUUUGUGAUGAGGUGAAACAGACGACAUGUAGAGGAGACACCUUUACUCAUUACGUUACCAAUUGGCUUGCCGCAAAGUUAACCAAGCAACGGAAACGGUAAACUGACAUAACAGAACAUUGUCAACAUGGCGACGGUCUAACUUGAGCAGCUAUUUACACUAAUUCCGUUAACCCUCACGUUUGCUCAUAAAGUGCAAUAGGGACAGAAGUUCUGGUUUUAAAAAAACUAGCUUAAUUCCACCUGUUUUUCAGAGUUCUACGUGUUUCAACAAUAAAACCAAAUGUAAACAAAGUCAUUCAGAGUAGUUUCAUUGUAGAGACACUUGCCAACUCUUUCCUUUAUAGUGGUGGUGAUGGGAACCAGGGCUCACAAUGUCUACAACGCAAAUAUAGCCACUUGAUUUACUGUCCAAAACCACCAGAGAACCUUGUGAGGUUUUUAUAUCUAAUGUAAAUAAUUAGAACAUAGUGCGAACGUUUCUUUGGGGGACUAUUUAGCCUUUUAAUACCGUGAAUGUAUCCUUCCACUAUGAAUGAAUAUAUUUAAGCCAAAUCUUCUUUAAAAACUGUCGUAAUACAGAAACGAGGGAACCGUAUUUGCAGCCGUUUCACAUCGAGCCACUCUGAAUGCCUUUGUUUACACCAUAACCACUUAAUUGUGUAGAAAUUCUUAAAAAAUAGGUGGAAUGCUACUGGAACGGACCUGCUGUCAGCUGGGCGACAGACUAAGCUGAAACUUUGCAGAAGUAGAGCAGGCAUCCAUGAGGCGUCAUCGUGCUGGCUUCCUGGUGCCCCAGACAUGGGAUGUUGCUUUCAAACUAGUUGCCAUGGUUGCCUCUGAGCCUGGGGGGGUUGGACUUGCCCUUAUCCACUGAUCUAGGACCUGCUUCUUUAAGCCAUGCUAUAGAAUAAUGCAUUACGAUAGGACAAUGCAAGACUGAGCUCGGAUCUGUGACCAGGGGGACAACUCCACACUCUCCUACCCCAAAUGAGCAUCCCCAGAAAGCACCUGCAUCUACCUUGUGUCCAGUGAAAUGGGAUAGUUAGCAUUGUGAGCUGUCAUAUUUACAUUUUAUGAUCUUUUUUUUUUUUGUAAUGGCAGAAGCUAAAUUUCCCCUUCAUAAUAAAUAUAUUUCAUAAACAUCCCUCACAACAA